CGCGACAUGAAGCAGCUCGGACACUUCAAGCAGCUCAUGAAGGAGAUUUGGAUUUUGUAAAAAAAGAAAAAAAAAGAGCGAGAGAGAGAAGUAAAAAAUCUGUAACCUCUCGUUAAAGCAUGUGGAAACUUUCUCCGAACUUUAAAAGCGCAGCGCUGGAAGUUUCCCCUCCGCAUGCCGCGGCUCACAGGACACUUUGGAGGACUUACAUUAGGAGAAAAUGGCAACGAUUCAGCAUUUCGCAUCAAUGGUGAAUAACUUUUUUCGUGGUUUUAGAGGCAAAACUAACGAUUUUCAGCUCUUGGGGACGCAGCAGGUGAGCAGCAGCAGCAGGACAUGAAGUUUGGACUCGAUCGCAGGCUGUUCUUUAUCGAAGGCAACGUGAGAUGGUCCCGACUUGUCACAGGAGCUGGGAGGACAUGACUUGAAAGGAUUUUAUUUUAUUUUUUUCUAAUAAUUUUUUUUGAAUCCACGAUGAGAGCGCUGGGUUUGCUUUGCGUAACGGUCCUGCUGUGGGAGUCGAUCCUGAGCAACAGAAACUGUCCGGACCUGAUCGUGGACAGCUGCCACUGCUCCACCGAGAGGUCCAAGGAGCUGAGCAGGCAACACGUCCGGGUCAAAGUGGUGUGUGACGAUGUGGACCUGAUGGACACCCUGCAGCCCAGCUUCCUACCCAACAGAACAGUGUCCCUAAACCUGAGCAACAACAAGAUCUCGCUGCUGAGGAACGGCUCCUUCUAUGGCUUGGCUGCCCUGGAAAAGCUGGACCUGAAGAAUAAUUUGAUAAGUACAGUGGAGCCCGGGGCGUUCCGUGGUCUACUGGCUCUGAGGAGACUCGACUUGUCCAACAACAGGAUCGGCUGCCUCUCCCCUGAAAUGUUUCUUGAUCUUGGCAACCUCUCAAAAUUAAAUUUAUCUGGGAACAUUUUCUCCACUCUGACUACGGGACUCUUCACACACCUGCUGGCUCUCAGAGUGCUGCACUUCAGCACCGAGGCUCUGUUCUGCGACUGUCAGCUCAAGUGGCUGCUCGUCUGGGCUCGAAGGAACUCGGUGAGGAUCGGCAACGACACGGUGUGCGUUUUCCCCACGCACCUCCACGGCCUGGAGUUUCGCAACCUGCGCGAACAGCAGCUGAAAUGCGUCUUAGAGUGCUACAGCGAGGUCAUCCUCUCCAACAUCGACGUGGGCAUCGCUGGCAUCUGGGAGUGUCUGGUGACCAGUUCCCGUGGCAACACUUCUCAGCAAAUGGAAAUAGUCGUUCUGGAGACUUCAGCGCCAUACUGCCCCGCCGACAGAGUCACCAACAACAAGGGGGACUUCAGGUGGCCAAAGACUCUGGCUGGCAUCCUGGCCUUCCUGCCCUGCGCUCCUGCCACCUUUGGCUCUGCCCCUCACCCCUCCGGCAGCUCUCCUCACCCCUCCAGCCCGAGGGAGAAGAAGGCGUGGCGGCGCUGCGACCGGGCCGGACGUUGGGCUGAAGAGGACUACACUCAGUGCCCGUAUGCCAGCGAACUGACCCGCGUGCUGCAUGAGCUCACCCAGAUCCCUAUAAACGCCACCAACGCUCAGCCUUUAGGCCAGCAGUUAGUGGCCUUCACCAGCAGAGCGGCACACUUCACUGAUGUCAUGGACGUCAUCUUCGUCACCCACUUGGUGGAGAGACUGACGAGGCUGGUGGAGAAACAUAAAGACCUGGGGGACUAUAUAUCAGACAUAGCCAGCAACAUGAUGCUGGUGGAGGAGCACAUCUUGUGGAUGGCGCAGAACGAGGCCAGGGCGUGCACUCGGAUCGUCCAGUGCGUGGAGCGCAUCGCUGACCUGGCGCUGACCGGAGACAAUCAGGUCAUUUCUAAGGUGUCUGCUAACAUAGCUCUGGAGGCCUUUCUCAUCCGGCCGUCGAACUUCCUCGGUUUGUCCUGCACGGCGCUCCAACGGCCGCCCUCGUCCGCCGCCUCCCCCCUCCUCCCCCACGGCCACUCUCACACCGACAGGGACGCAAGCAGAGAUCACGAUGGCUUGGGGGAAACGCUGCUCAACUUCAAAUGCCACACUGUCAACAGCAGCGGCUCGCCGGCCAGUCAGCUCAGCAAGAACUCAGUGGCAGUCGCCUCAAUCCAUUUACCGCUGGCUGGUACGCCUAUCUCCUCCUCUGCGCUGCAAUCUGUUGAUAACUCCACUUGCAAGCUGCAGUUUAUUGUGUUUCGCAAUGGGAAACUCUUUCCUUGCACGGGGAAUUCGUCAAAUCUCGCAGAUGAUGGGAAGCGUAGGAGCGUUUCAACACCAGUUGCUUUCACCAAAUUAGAUGGGUGCAGCCUCGGGAGCGCUGUGCACUCCGUUACUAUUGCUCUCAGGCACUUCGCACUGGGUGUAGACCCCACCGCAGCCUAUUGGGAUUUUGACCUGCUGGAUGGACACGGUGGCUGGAGGGCAGAGGGCUGCCACAUAACAGGCUCCGGGGGCAACACGACCACCAUUCAUUGCACCCAUCAUAAUAACUUUGCUGUGCUAAUGGAUCUGAAGAAGGUGCUGUCUUUCCCCCCGUACCCUGGGGAGUUCUUGCACCCGGUCGUGUAUGCCUGCACGGCGGUCAUGUUGCUUUGCCUCUUCGCCUCCAUCAUCACGUACAUAGUGCACCACAGCGCAAUCCGCAUCAGUCGGAAGGGAUGGCAUAUGCUUCUCAACUUCUGUUUCCACACAGCGCUGACCUUCGCUGUGUUUGCCGGCGGCAUCAAUCGAAUCAAAUACCCCAUCAUCUGUCAAGCAGUCGGGGUCGUGCUGCACUACUCGUCUUUGUCGACCAUGCUGUGGCUCGGGGUGACGGCCAGGAACAUUUAUAAGCAGGUGACCAAGAAGCCGCCGCAAAGUCAAGACGGCGACCCUCCUCCGCCCCCUAAACAGCCCCUGUUGAGAUUUUAUUUAGUCAGCGGAGGAGUGCCCCUCAUCAUCUGCGGGGUCACGGCAGCCGUCAAUAUAGACAACUAUGGCAGCGGGGAGCAAGCGCCGUACUGCUGGAUGGCGUGGGAGCCCAGCCUGGGAGCCUUCUUCGGCCCCGUGGCCUUCAUCGUCCUGGUGACCUGCAUCUACUUCCUCUGCACCUUCAUCCAGCUGCGGCGACACCCCGAAAAGAAGUACGAGCUCAAGCAGCUGACGGAGGAGCAGCAGAGGCUGGCCGCCGUCGACGUGCCCACACACUGCCACCAGGGAGCCGAGCCCGGAGCCUUGGCAGCCUCGGCCAGCGGGAGCCACUGCCCCGCCGGCUGCCCGGGGGUUCCCAUCAACCCCGCGCUGCUGGCCAACGAGCACUCCUUCAAGGCUCAGCUACGGACGGCGGCCUUCACGCUUUUCCUGUUCCUGGCCACCUGGACUUUCGGGGCGCUGGCCGUGUCGCAGGGCCACUUCCUGGACAUGAUCUUCAGCUGCCUGUACGGUGCCUUCUCCGUCACCCUCGGUCUCUUCAUCCUCAUUCAUCACUGUGCCAAGCGGGAUGAUGUCUGGCAUUGCUGGUGUUCCUGUUGUCCCGGACGACGCGCCAACGCCUGCUCCGGAGCCCACGGGCCCGCUCAGGCGCGGCCCAAGGUCAACGUGAACGGAGAUACGCCAGGGCACGGCCACGGCCACGGUCACAGCCACUGCCACCAUGACUCACCGUGUCAGGGAAAAGCACUGAUAAGCUGCAGUCAUGGCAGCUUAGGUCACUGUAAACACGCCGCCCUCCCAUCUUCACAAAAUCACGUGACGUGUCUGGCACCGGUGACCCCGUGCUGCGCCGCCCUGCACAGCCAGCAGCUGAUGGAGGAGGAGCCCGCAGCCACACAUGUGCUGCUACACGCUGACCCGGAGGGUUACCGGCCGGGCAUCCAGCUCCAUCCCUGCCUAAAGAGCAGCAGCAGGACUAAAGGGCGUCACUUCAGCCGCAGAGCCGGGGCUGCCUCCUGUGGAGCAGGGGGUGAGCGGGAGUACGCCUACCACAUCCCCUCGAGCGGGGAUGGAGGCAGCGUUCACAGCUCACACACUGACAGCCCCCACAGCACACACGAGCGUCACGCCCACAUCUGUCCACAUCUGGCCCACGAGGGCCACCACGAUGGGCAUCACACAUGCCACGCUGCUGCAGCCACGCACGAGUCCCUGGCGUGCCAUAAUCCCUGCCACAGGCACAUCUGCUGUGCCAAGGCAGACCUUUUCCCCUCGCUGUGCCCGGCAGAGGCAGGAGAAACAGGCGUCUUCUUGUGUGGCUGCGGCAAAGUGGCCGAGGAGGACCCGAUGGCGACACAUCACCACCUGGAGAUGCACGCCCCGCGCAGACAAUCCUACCCCCAGAACCCCCCCAAUCAGAAUGGGAUUCUAAAAGGGGGGCUGCAUGAAGGACUCCUGUACACCUCGGACAGCACAGGAAAUAUACGCACUGGACCCUGGAAGAAUGAAACUACUGUGUAGUGUGGGAAGGGAAAAACAGGGGAUGCAGGCAGCGCUCCUGCCUCGUCCUGCCAAAAUAAACCUUCGCCUCCCUUUCUAGAAUUAAAAAAAAAAGAAUAAAAAAAAAGAGAAUUGAAUAACAUUUUAAACAUCACAAUCAGCGUGGGAUAUUUUUAUUUUAAUGUCCUCAUGUUUUUAUGUGUGCUGUUUUACUGUACAGAAAUCUGAUAUCAUGCAAAAUGCUCCCUGCAGAGCAUCCAUAGACAGAACAGAAUCUCUUCCAUCACAAAGAAUUUGUGAAAUGUGUGUCACGUCAUGCCAUCAGAUGUAAUUGAAGGUAUUUCCACUGUUCCAUAUUACUACAGAUCUAUCUCUCUCUAUAUAUAUAUUCAAGAAAAUGAAUGGUUGUACGUAUGAAUAUGUGUGUUAGUGCUCAAAGGCGACACGCUGCAAGAUUUUUUUACACUUUGAAUCUGAAUCCAUCGAUAGUCUCCGACGACAGUGAACCUCCAGUACUUUAAAGAACUCUUGGCAUCCAUGUUUUAGAUGACUAAACCAGCAAUUUUAGACUUCAUGGGUAUUUUUGCCAUUCAGUCAAGCAACUGUGAAUAUCUACUAGAGAUUUUCUAAAUAAUAUACAAAGAUACUGUCGCUUGCCAGAGAUGUGUGGGUGCCAGUUAAGUUGUGAAAAACUCAAAGCGACAGAAAAAGAGAAGUGAAAUCAAGCAUCCUCUUAUCCAGGUUGGUAUUGAUUGUGCUGUCUAUAUGAUGUCUUCACUAUUGUGUUUCCUUUUCUUUUUUUUUUUUCUAUUCUGGAGAGAAGUAAGUAACGGCACAACAGCAACAGCCAGGCCAUUGUGAAUAGAGAGUUGGUGUCAAUGAGUCGUUGGAUCCAGUUUUUUUUUAUUAGCAUUGUGCCGCACAGAGCCGGGUACUCACAGCGAGUUCAUUGCCAAACAAGUGUUUUUUUGUUUUUUAAAUUCUCUUCAGCUUAGCAAGCUUCAGUGGAAAAUCCGCAUAUGAUUCUUUAUAAAACUCGAUCAACAUGUUUUUUUGUGUGGUCAUAGAGAAAAAACAAAAACAAGCUGCUUAAACAUCAAUGAUGUCCGACUAUUUUCCCUCUAAUCUAAUAAAACACGUCGCCCAGUAUUGGCCAAAGCUGGAGAAAAAAAACAAAAAAAAACCCAGAGAAAAUCCCUUUAUGCUUUAUUUAUUUUGAACUUGUCUUAUGAAAGCCGCCCCUAAGCAUGCAUGCCUGUACGUAACUAUAUUUUAACGGUGUAAGUGAAUGCCUAUCCAUGAACAUAUUAUUUGCCUUGAUCUGAUACGACUGUUGCAGCUUGUUAUGUUUUAUUUUACUCCUGGGUUGGUCCUAUUUCCCGACAAAUACUGUACUAUCCUCCCCCCUCCAUUCAGCAAGACUUCAAGCUUAGGUUUAUCCUGGAAUCCAGUCCAGAGAAAUGUAAUGUUCUGCUUUGGUAGAUAACUUGGUGUCAGGAGAGACAAGGUUGAAGUGUAGAUCACUCUUUGGUUUCCCAUGAAGGUCACAUUCUCUUUGAAGAAUCGCCACUCAGAAGAGAAGGCAAAGGAGUCUCCGUAUUGAUUUAGAAGCACUUGUUUGUUUUAUGAAUGAUGGUAUUGAAUAUGAUGCUCCAGACAACAACCGGUCAUACAUUCCGUCAGAAAAAGCCAACACGACGCAGCGCAUAUAAUCUCACAAGCUAACCCUGCUCUAGCGAAAAGAAGAAAAAAGAAAAAAAAAAAACACACCUCAGCAUGCACACCAUCUCUUUAUCCAUCUUGUGCACUCUUGUCCGUGUAUAUAGAAUUGGUUUCUGAUGAAUUAUUUUAUAUGAGAUUUAAGAUAUUUAAGAAUAAAAAAUAAGUCUAUAUGUAAAGAAAGUUGUAUGGGGAAAAAAAAUAACUGACCUCUCAAUGUUAAUGCUCAGUAUCUGAGUUUAGAAAUGUCCUUUUUGUUUUCAAAUGCCUUUUUUUUUUUCUUUCUUUCCUGUUGACUUCAUAAAGUAUGCAGACUCGCCAUGUGUUGUGAGACUUAUCCUGUCAUAUCAGAAAUAGAAAUGCACUACCCAUAAUAACGUCCGGCCUGCCAGAGUAGAAUUUGUCACUUAAAGUAUGUUUAUAAUAGAGAUAUUUGUUCAGACAGAAAUGCCUGCAUUUAAAAAAACAAGUGACUUCUGCAGAGAAGGAAAGUAAAACACUAAUGUGAUACUCCCUUUAUUUGAAUGGCAGGCUGUGAAUAGCAAAAGGAGGCCCUAGCAGACAUCAACGAUGAUGCAUGAUCUUCAUAGCUUUGCACAGGGCCACUGGAGUUAUUUCCAGGGUCUUGGACAAAAUGGGAUAUUACAGCCCCAACUUAUGAGUUAUAAAACACAGGCCCACAAUUGAUCAUACAAUACAAGCUCCUUUGAGCCACCUUGGAUGCUGGCAGUCAGCAGCCCUGGCUUUAUAGUUAUUGGAAAGGGAUUUGUAACAGUAUCACAACAAAAAUCAAGCCUGUCCCGCAAAACCCACAUUAAACCGAGAGAACAUUGGUCUAGGUUAAUUGCUGUACAACAUGUGUAUUUGCUGGUGGUGUGUCUUUGGAGCAGCCUGAGCUUCUCGGUGUCUGCGAGAACGAUGUGUUCGGUAUCACGGGCCGCCGCAGGCCGCCUUCUCUGUUGUCAUCAGUAGCAGAUGUACUGCCCUAAACGAGCUCGCUGGCUUAGUUUCGGCUCACCAGACGGCUGCUGGAAUAUUCACCUGUGGUACUGUGACAAAACCUAAAGCCAGUUUUCACUUUUUUCUACAUUGACACAGAUUCCAAUAAAUGUAUUUUUUCACCAUGCAA